AUGAAACUGCAACUGAAAAAGCUGGAGGCGGAGCUCGCAGAGGAAAAACGUGCACACGAAUGCUUGAAGGCUUUGGUCGCAGAAGAGAAAAACCAGAAGGAGAGUGUGGCACUUGACAGUGCCGCUUUACCGCGGCGGCUGGAACAACCGUUACAGCAGGCAAAGUUAGGCUGCCAAGAUAUACAAGAAAUCCUUCCUGGAUUGAAACGCUUCGUCCAGGAAUUCGUUGAAACACUGUCGCCCUUAGUGAGACGAAUGAACAGAAUGUACAAUGAACAAAAUGAUCGCUUAUCCGAAACCAGAGCAUUGUAUCGUCUAGAGGCCCAACAAAGACGCUUGACAUACAACACGCUGAUUGAACUGCGUGGGAACAUACGGGUGUUUUGCCGCAUCCGUCCGAUCGAGUGCAAAAGUGCGAAGGAAUGCUGGUUACAAGAGAAUGAGGACGGAGAAUUGGUAGCUCACUUGCCGAAUGCCACGAAACGAAAAUAUCACUUUGACCACAUUUUUCAUAUUGAUGCCACGCAAGAAGAAUACCAAUAACAAUAACAAACGGCGGAUGUGACCAACAAAGAAACAAUCUUGGCGAUCACGAUAAAUGAGAACGAUUGGAUCUUCAUUUCCACGGAAGCCUGAGGCUGACAAAUAACUGUUUGUGUACGCUCAGUGUUGGCGGCAUUCGAGUGAUCGCGAUAGCUUAAGCGAACCGAUGAAAUCGCGGAUUAGAUUGUCGCAGCAAACAUUUGAAUGCGGUAUCGAGCCGGAUCCUGUGACCAGUAAUCAAUAGGUGUUUAUCUAUCGAGAAUGCCGGCUUACGAAACGGCAGUGCUUGAGAGAAUGAGGCUGUUCGUUUAUCCGACGCAGGAUCCACUUCGGCACGUCUUAUUUCAUCCGGGAAGACAACGCUCGUUCAGUUCUGUCAAUGU